AUCAAAGGAUUAUACAAUAAAAGUCUCCCCCCUACCCCAACCCCUAACUUCCUAAAUCAAGAGGUAGCCACUGUUGUAUUUACUUGUGUGAUUUUCUAGCAAUGCUUUUCCAUAUGCAUAUACAAAUAUGUAUAUAUGUAUAACGUCCCUUUUCUGCAGAGCAUUCAUACUAUUCUGGGCCAUAAUUUUUGACUUAGAGAAGAUCCCAAAUCAGCACAUAGAGCCUCCUCAUGCUUUUUCACGGCUGUACUGUACUCUAUCAUAUGGAUGCACUGUAAUUUAUUUAACCGGUUCUGUAUGAAGGGCUUCCAAUCCUUUGCUACUAUAAAAGAACGCUGGCAUAAAUAUUCCCAUACGUGUCUUUGAGAACACGUGUGGCUACGUCCGUAGGAUAAAUUCCUACAAGUAGAAUUAUCAAGUCCAAAGUAUAUGCAUUUAAAAUUUUGAAACUGCCAAACUACCCUUUAAAGAUGUGCUACCAAUUUACAUCACAAGGAGACAUCAGCUCAUACCUGUCAGAAUGGCUAUUAUCAAAAAGACAACAAAUAACAAGUGGUGAAGAUGUGGGGAAAAGGGAACCCUCUUGCACUGUUGGUGGGAAUGUAAAUUGGUGCAGCCACUAUGGAGAACAGUAUGGAGGUUCCUCAGAAAAUUAAAAAUAGAACAAACGCCGAAGGUGAGCUGAGCCGGGGCCAAGCCGAGGCCAAGCAGUCCCGCCUCAGACACCACCCAGCCGCCCAUCACGGGUGCAACGCGUGGAGCGAGAGCAGCGGCGGCGGUCGCAGGGCGGAGCCCCGCGGAGCUGCCUGGACGCGGAUGCCGCUGUGAUCGCCCGUCCCGGCCCCGCCGAGCAAGAGCUGUUCCCGGACAAGAUAUGAGAAAUGAGUGGUGGAAGUCGAAGAAUAAAGUUGUUGGGAAUCCUGAUGAUGGUAAAUGUCUUCAUUUAUUUGAUUGUGGAAGUCUCCAAAAGCAGUAGCCAAGAAAAAGAUGGAAGAGGGGAAUUAAUAAUACCCAAAGAAAAGCUCUGGAAGAUAUCUGACCCUCCCAAGGCAUAUUGGAACAGGGAACAAGAGAAGCUGAACAGGAGGUACAAUCCCAUUUUGAACAUGUUAGCCAACCAGACAGGGGAAGCAUAAGGAUUUUCCAACAUAAGCCAUCUGAAUUAUGGUGAACCUGACCUGAGGGUCACAUCAGUAGUUUCAGGUUUCGACAGUUUGCCAGACAGAUUUAAAGACUUUCUGUUGUAUUUGAGAUGUUGAAAUUAUUCACUGCUUAUAGAUCAACCAGGUAAGUGUGCAAAGCAGCCCUUCUUAUUGCUGGCGAUUAAGUCCCUUACUUCACAUUUCGAUAGAAGGCAAGUGAUUUGGGAAUCUUGGGGCAAAGAAACCAAUGUGGGGAACCAAACAGUGGUGCGAGUCUUCUUACUGGGCCAGACCCCCGCAGGGGACAACCAUCCUGACCUUUCAGAUGAGCUGAAAUUUGAGAGUGAGAAGCACCAAGACAUUCUUAUGUGGAACUACAGAGACACCCUCUUCAAUUUAUCUCUGAAAGAAGUACUCCUUCUCAGGUGGGUGAGCACUUCCUGCCCAAAUGCUGAGUUCAAGGGCGAUGAUGACGUUUUUGUGAACACCCGUCACAUCCUGAAUCACUUGAAUAGCUUAUCCAAGAACAAAGCCAAAGAUUUGUUUAUAGGUGAUGUGAUUCCCAGUGCUGGACCUCGUCAGGAUAAGAAACUGAAGUACUACGUCCCGGAAGUUCUUUACACUGGCGUCUACCCGCCUUAUGCAGGGGGAGGUGGAUUCCUCUACUCCAGCCACCUGGCUCUGAGGCUAGCCAGUGUAACUGGCCAGGUCCUUCUCUACCCCAUCGAUGCUGUUUAUACUGGAAUGUGCCUUCAGAAACUUGGCCUCAUUCCAGAGAAACACAAAGGCUUCAGGACAUUUGAUAUAGAAGAGAAAAACAGGAAUAACAUUUGCUCCUAUGUAGGUUUGAUGUUGGUACAUAGUAGAAAACCUCAAGAGAUGAUUGAUAUUUGGUCUCAGUUGCAAAAUGCUUAUUUAAGUUGCUAAAUUAUGUACAAACUAAAUUUUGCAUAGAAAGAUGUAUCUCGAAUAGUUCCCAUGUUAUGUUCUCUCACAUUAGAGGUAAUUUCUAUGUAAUACCAUCAAAAUUGCCUUUAUGAGUAGUAUCCAUAUGAGGGUCUCUAAACCUUUCAGUGUAGUACUUUCUGAAGAGGGAAAGCAGAAGAUCCUAGUUUUUUUGUAGGAUAUGACAGGACGAAUGGUUCUGACCCUUCCUGCUGGCUAGUGGUCAUUGUUUUCUAACUUGUCCCCCUUGUCAUCUGAAAUCAUGUUUCUGGAAUUUGAUCGUGUUAUCUUUGUUUUAUUUUUGUUUUGCUCUCAUAUGAUGAUAACCCUAUUUCCCAUUAUAAUGAGUGAACUAUCUGUGAUUUAGGUAUUCACAAACCUAUUGGCUACAAAGACACUGUUAUAUAUGACUCAGUGCUUUCUGUGAAAUGGAAUAACAUUUUCAUGAAAUUUGGAUGAAUUUUUAAAAAUUGUCUAGAAAAAUUUGACUUCUUUCAAAAUUUCCUGCCGCUACAACAUUUCCUUGUGUUAAUCUAAUCAAUCAAUUUUGCAAAAUGGGAAUCACUGUGUGACAUCCAUCCAGUUUAUCUUGUUAUGGUCUUAUGGUCAUAAUAAGGAGGAGGCUUAACUAUCUUGUAUUUCGUUUGCUGGGUGGUAUCGUGAUAGUUCUCUCUUUUUCAGUAUUUGAAAAUAAUGAGUAUGAUUCCAUAAUCUUCAAACUGAAGAUUGAAUUGACCCUGGCAACCAUAUUGUGUUUAUGAUUUUUCAUUGUGAACCGGGAAAGCGUAUGUAACUUUUGAACUUUAAGUGAAAAGACUGAAGUGGCAGACCUUUUUAUCAGUGGUUUGUCAGUUUAAAACUGCAGAAUUCUAUUCUUGCCAUAUGGUUAUGUGUUGCUUAUACAAAAUUAUUAUCCUGAGUAGUGACUACUUUCCUGUCUCAGUGUAGAAGUGCCUGUGUUUUUAUUUAUUGUUCAGAUCAAAUACCAAAACAUUUUCUUAAAUAUAUUUUGUGUAAUAUUUUAUUUGUAUACAGUGUUGUUGAUGAAUUAUUUAACUAGAGCAUGGUAUUUUAAGUAGUAAGUAUAACAUAUGUUAGAUAAAGUUAACUGUCAUUUUUGAAUUAAAAAAAAAUUUUUUUGGGGGGGGGAUAUGAACUAGAAUUCUGCCAAACUGUUGCUUAUAUAUACUGUCUUGUAACAUGCUUUCUUGAGAUAUUUUUGUGUUACAGAUAUGAAGAUUCUUACCAGAUGUGAUACUGGGGACUGUAAGAAGAUAGAAAUAAAGUCACCAUAUUUUUAAUUGUCAUGUGAAGAAAAAAAUUAAAAAUAGAACUACCAUAUGACUCAGCAAUUUCAA